AUGACAAGUGUCCGCUGCUGUUCCAAUCUCCUCUUCUACCUAUGGGCCGAAGGUUCUUACUCACCUCCAGAGCCCUCGCCAUCUGGCAGCAAUGUCUUGGCUGACAUCAGCAACAGUACCUUAGUUAUCAUCGUCCACAUUGCUUAUCUUGUGUUAGGAUACUUGUUGACAGGACUUAAUUUCGUGUCCGUCAUCUAUCUCGUGGAAGGAGAGAAUCUGUUACAGAAGAUGGGGGUUUUUGGGGCUAUGAUCGACGCACUGAGGAACUUCAUGGUCAGAAAACUGUGCAAGAAGACAGACAAGGAGGAGGAGAAGACUGUGAUGGUCUAA